AUGGCAGCUAUAGACAGCGUGAGACUGAAGCUCAAACAAAUAAAAGCAAAGAUUAAUAGUGGAGAUAGAAAAGAACUGAAGGCCAAACUGGCAGCAUCUAAGUCGCUGAAUGAUACCACAGAGGAUAAGGCAGAAGAAAAUGCUAAUGGUGGUGAAGCCCCUAAGGGCGGUGCAGACUUUGGGAGUUUUGAAAGAGUUGCUGAAAUACCACCAUCACACAUAUGGGCUGGUCAUGGAGGCACCAAUUGUGAAGAUGAAACCAAGAAACUCUCCAAGGUCAUCAACAUUUUAGUGGCAACACCAGGCCGCUUGCUUGACCAUCUGCAGAAUACAAAAGACUUCUUCUACAAAAACCUGCAGUGUCUGAUCAUAAACGAGGCAGACAGGAUCCUGGAUAUGGGCUUUGAGGAGGAGAUAAAGCAGAUUAUUCAGCUGCUUCCCAAAAAAACCACAGACCAUGCUGGUUAUGUUGUGUGUGAACCAGACAAGCGGUUUCUUCUGCUCUUCACAUUUCUGAAGAAGAAGAAGAUCAUGUUGUUUCUAUCCUCAUGUAUGGCAGUCCGGUUCUACAGCGAGCUGCUCAACUACAUUGACCUCUCUGUUAUAUGCAUACAUACAUUCUUCCAGUUCUGCAAUGCUGACUGCGGCAUCCUGCUAUGUACGGGUGAGGCUGCUCGAGGCAUGGACAUCCCUCAGAUGGAUUGGAUUAUCCAAGUUGGCAGAACAGCCAGAGGAGAGGGUGUACAUAGCAAUGCUUUGCUUUUCUUGAACCCUCAGGAAUUGGCUUUCUUGAGGUUCCUAACUAUUACCUUGCACAAGACAGCACAGGAAGGCUUCAAAGCUUAUGUUUGUGCGUACGCUUCCCACAAACAGAAGGCUAUAUUUGAUGUGACCAAGUUGGACAUGACCAAGGUGGCAAAGUCUUUUGGGUUUGCUGUUGCUCCAUAUGUGGAUUUACAGGGAGGAACUGGAUACAAGAAUAACAAACAGGUGAAAAAGUCAAGAAUCUUAAAAAAUGUCAAGUCCAGAUGA